CGAAAGACGAAAGGGUAGAGAAUCUGAAGUCUCACUUGUUUGUAAUUUGUAUUUUCUAUUUUCCGCUGAAAGCUUCUCAACACUCUUCCAUCAAACAAGAUUAUUCUUUUUCUCACAUACUCUUAUCUUUCUAUUGCUUUUCUAGACUCUAGACUCGAAUCUAUUCGGCAAAAUUUUCCAAAACCCAAACGCGAGAAUGAAUUUUUUAAUUACCCAUUUGCCCAGUGCCGAUUCGUUUGCUCCUUCAGCUUUCCCAUAUUGUCUAAACCCCUGAAUCGAUAGCUUUGAUUGAUUGUUCUUUUGGUUUUCUGAUUCAAAGGGUUGUUUCAAUUUUGUUGCUUUCGACAAGUUUCAAAUCAUGGCAGGCAAAGGAAUGCAGGUGUUGGAGUGGAAGAAGGAUGGGUUCUCUUCGAAUACUCAGUUGGGGUUUCAAUGGAGUCUACAAGAUGCGAGCUUUUGCCCCGGUGGGCUCUUUGCCUGUGUGGGUCAAAUGGGGGGGAGUAUGUCGGAUUCCCGGGACGAGAACGGGCCGGGCUUCAAGCUCCCCCCCAAUUUCGAUUUGUACGCCAAAUACUUCUCAUCACUUGAGGGGUUUAAGAUUCUUGGCAAUUCCGAGGAGGAAGUGGCUGCGAGGAAGAAGAAACCUAGGCUCAAGCUUAAGGUUAAGGUUUCGAAUCCUUCAUUGAGGAGGUUGAUAAGUGGUGCAAUUGCAGGGGCAGUUUCAAGAACUGCUGUAGCUCCAUUGGAGACCAUUAGGACUCAUUUGAUGGUUGGGAGUAGUGGGCAUUCGACAACCGAGGUGUUCCACUCUAUAAUGGCACAUGAAGGGUGGACUGGAUUGUUUAGGGGUAAUUUGGUUAAUGUGAUUCGUGUCGCCCCUAGCAAGGCCAUUGAGCUUUUUGCUUACGACACGGUUAAUAAGAACUUGUCGUCCAAACCCGGUGAGCAGCCUAAACUUCCGAUCCCCGCUUCGUUAGUUGCGGGAGCGUGUGCUGGUGUAAGUUCAACAUUGGUGACAUAUCCUCUUGAAUUGGUCAAGACCCGACUAACAAUCCAGAGAGGAGUUUACGAAGGUCUACUCGAUGCAUUCGUAAAAAUAUUGAAAGAGGGGGGCGUGAGAGAGCUCUACCGGGGUCUCACCCCGAGUUUAAUCGGAGUGAUUCCAUAUGCUGCGACGAACUACUUCGCGUAUGACACACUGCGAAAAUCCUACACGAAAUUCUUCAAACAAGAGAGAAUCGGCAACAUCGAGACCCUUUUGAUCGGGUCCAUGGCGGGAGCUAUAUCCAGCAGCGCCACGUUCCCUCUAGAAGUGGCCCGUAAGCACAUGCAGGUAGGGGCGGUUAGCGGGAGGCAAGUAUACAAGAACGUGAUUCAUGCCCUCGCCACCAUCCUCGAACAGGAAGGUAUCCCGGGAUUGUACAAAGGGCUCGGGCCCAGCUGCAUGAAGCUGGUGCCGGCUGCCGGGAUUUCUUUCAUGUGUUAUGAAGCGUGCAAGAGGAUAUUGGUAGAGAAAGACAACGAGGAGUAGAAGAGCUUCUUACGGUACGAGACACACAUAAGGUAGAUUGAUUGAAGUUCAUUAGCGUCUUGCAUUUGUUUACGUUACAGCACUUCACUAUCCUGACCCCCCGGUGUUGAGCAACAUAACGUUACCCCGGGAAGUUGUUAAGUAGCAUUUGCUGUUUCUUCUAAGUCAAGAAAUUACAUCUGAUUGCAAAGAAAUUUUGGAGACAAUAAGGGGAGAUGAAUGGUUUUAAGUUUGUGCAAAUCACAGAAUUGGUAUUUUACAAGUGAAAUUGUAUCAAUUUUGUUUAUCCCAA